CCGCGCAUGCGCCCCUGGCGGCUGCCCCCUCCCUCCCUCCGGCCCGGAUGACUUCCGCUCCCAGAGUGCUUCGCGCGGCGCAUCAUGGACCCCACUGACAAUGAUUUGCAAGGCACUAAUAGUUCGGGAUCAUUGGGUGGUCUUGAUGUACGCAGAAGAAUCCCUAUAAAGUUAAUCUCCAAGCAGACCAACAAAGCCAAGCCUGCGCCUCGUGCUCCCCGAAGUAUGACUAGGAUGCCUUCAAAGGCCCAGCCUGGUGACGAAGAAGGAUUUGACUAUAAUGAAGAAGAGCGGUACGACUCCAAAGGAGGCGAUCUGUUUGGCAAUCAGCGAAGGUUUCCGGGACACAUUUUCUGGGAUUUUCAGAUCAACAUCUUGGGUGAAAAGGAUGAAACUCCAGUCCAUUUCUGUGAUAAGUGCGGAUUGCCUAUUAAAAUCUAUGGCCGCAUGAUACCGUGCAAACAUGUCUUCUGCUAUGACUGUGCUAUUUUGCAUGAAAAAAAAGGCGACAAGAUGUGUCCAGGCUGCAGCGACCCGGUCCAGCGAAUCGAGCAGUGCGCGCGAGGGUCCCUGUUCAUGUGCAGCAUCGUCCAGGGGUGCAAGAGGACGUACCUGUCUCAGAGAGACUUGCAGGCGCACAUCAACCACCGCCACCUGAGGGCCGGGAAGCCGGCGGCCCGCCCCCCGGCCGAGCCCGUCCACGCGCCCGCGGCCCCGCCGCCGCCGGCGGAGAUCCCCGACCGCUUCGUCGUGCCGCCGGAGAAGCACCACCUGAGCCACCUGCCGCCGAAGCAGCAGCACAUCCUGAUGCCGCCGCCGCCGCCGCCCCCCUUGCAGCACGUGCCCCACGAGCACUACAACCCGCCCCACGAGGACCUCCGGCCGCCCCCGGCCGAGAUGGCCAUGGCCCCGCCCCCGCCGCGCCCGGUCGGCCAGGAGACCUUUCGCAUCUCCACGAGGAAACACAGCAAUCUGAUCACGGUCCCCAUCCAGGACGACUCCGGGCCCGGGGCCCGGGAGCCGCCGCCCCCGGCCCCGGCGCCCCCGCACCAUCACCCCGAGUACCCGGGCCAGCCCGUGGUGGCCCACCCUCACCACCUGAUGCCCCCCCAGCAGCGCUACGCCCCGCCCCCGCCGCCCCCGCCCCCGCCGCCGCCCCCGCCGCCCCUCAGCCACCCGAUGCAGCCCCCUCCCCAGGCCGCGGGGACCCCCCACCUGGUCUACGGCCAAGCGCCGCCGCCUCCCCCGAUGACCUCCGCCCCGCCGCCCAUCACCCCGCCCCCCGGACACAUGAUGGCCCAGAUGCCCCCCUACCUGAACCACCCUCCCCCGGGACCGCCCCCUCCCCAGCACGGCGGGCCGCCGGUCAGCGCUCCCCCGCCGCACCAUUACAACCCCGGCUCGCUGCCUCAGUUCCCCGAAGACCAAGGGACGCUCAGCCCCCCGUUCGCCCAGCCCGGGGGGAUGAGCCCCGGGAUCUGGCCGGCGCCCAGGGGCCCGCCUCCUCCCCCCCGGAUGCAGGGGCCGCCCACCCCGGCCCCGCUCCCCGGGCCGCACCACCCGGAUCAGACGCGCUACAGGCCCUAUUACCAGUGAUGGCGGGAGGCCGGCCCGGGGGGGAACCGAGGACCCGGCCGGAGCUGCCCCGGGGUCGAGCCCCGACCCUCCGGAGAGGGGAGGCGGAUGAGGGACGCCUAAGAGUGUGGUUAUGUUUGAACAAACUCCGGGCCCCCCGUGGGGUGAUCGUCUGUAACGUCACUUCCCGAAGAACCCAACCCGUAUGGUACCGCUCUAGCCGAAAUCUCGUUUUCGUUCCAGGUCGAGUUCCUCCCGCCUAGACCUUUUUGGUCACCUCCGGUUGUAAAGUUCCCGUUCUCUUACGUGAACCCGGACACGGCCGCACGGUCUCCCCCAAAAAACCACGUUGGGCCGCUGACGUCCGCCCGCGGGUCACGAUGAAAGGCCAAAGGUGGUUUUCGCCGGUUUGCUUGGUUUUUUUUUCUUUUCGUUUCCGUCUAAAUCCUCCAACAGAAAAAUCCAGCCCCUUUUAGGACUCAGCGACGCAUCCAGCCUGGAAGGCGGCCGCGGGACCGCGGCGGGCUCCCGGACCCGGAGGUCGGAAGCGGAGUGUGUUGAGUUCGCAUAGAUGCCUUUGAUUUCAAGGCAACCUCAGGAACGCACCUCUCUCGGCGUCACCGAACCACAGGAGCGUGAGUUGGGGUCGCGACCCGGAGAGUAGGCUGACGGAGGGGAGCUCUCACGGGCCGCCCCCCGAGUGGGGGCCACGGUGGCGGGCCUGCUAAGGGCUAGGGCUUGCUGAGGCCCACCCCGUCCCCGCCUUUCCUCUGUCUCGCUAGAGAGCCGGAGGGAUCACCGCGUUUUUACCAAAAAUGCCUCGCCUGGCGUUGCUCGACAUCCUUCCCCAGCCGGAGCGGGUUCUCGUUCACAAGGCUCUCCACCGUAAACUUUGAAAAUGCAGCCUAUGGGAGCACCUGGUCCUCGAGGGUGGCUUCGGGGACCUUGGAAGGAGCUCGGGUUCUCCCCGAUCCGGAGGGCGGGUGGGCUCCGACAGCCCACCAGACUGGGGAGGGGGCUCCCGGAAGGUCAUCGACUAGACCCGAACCGUCGGCGGCGUUGGCCCUCUACCCCCAAGUAAUCCCACGGAGCCGAAUUUACAGGCCCUUAACAGCUAGAGCGAACUACGAGAGUAGAGUAGUGUUUUGUUUUCCCGAUUACCGACUCUUAGGGGUUGGCAGGGCCCUCCCAGAUUCACGGCUGUACGUGUGAAAGUCGGAUCGGGCUAGAGAAGAAGUCCCGUAUCCGCUUCCGACUCGAGGGAGGACAGGAAGCGAUGGGUUGAAUUGGGGAAAGUUCAGCCCCCGCUAAGGUGCCGUUGGUUUCCGUUCCCGGUACUGGGUUUCUCGUUCGCUGUUGACCAUUCACCGGUUGCACAUAGCCCGUAUGUGCAACUUGACGUGUAUGUGAAUGUCCACUAAAUAAACUUGACGUGAGGAUUUCUUCGA